AUGCAGUCUUCCCUGUCUUUGCUCCACCUUAUCAGCCUGCUUCUUUACGCUGCGAUUCGGACCACAGGCCAAUCUACAACCUCGCUGUUCGUCCCUGUGGAGUACCCUUUGAACUCUUUUUCGGCAUCUGUCGUUGGCAAUGAUGCAUCGGCAACCACCUUCGUGUUCGACUGCGCCACUGAUAAAUCCUGCGGGCCAGUCACAGUGAUCCAAGGUCCUUCGACCGCCAUCUUCACAGAAGCAGAUCAGCCAAUCACAACCGUGUGGAAGUGUGAGUUUACACCAUCGAUACCGACCGCGACUUGUCUCGUCACGUCGACAUCUCCAGGCUACAGCUUUGCUGGCACCAGCACCUCUUUCUACCCAUCGGAGUCGCCAGACGCGUUCCCCACCUAUCUGGUGGAAAUUACGGCAGGCUCCGUCAAUCUAGCAACGAUUUCAGCAACGACUUCAUCCAUGGUGGACAUGGCAGCUGUGUCCGCAUCAAUACCUGCGAUUACUUCUGACCUGCUUUCCCCUUCGUUUCGCGGCUCAAUGGAUGGUUCAGCGGACGCUACGAGCACUGCGGACUCGAGUGCAACAAGUCCGACUGCCACUGGAACGACAACAUCGGUUGCUGGUCUUUCUAGCUCAAGCGCCGUUCUGACAAGCACAGAAUCUUCGGCAACGAAUUCGGAAGCGUCUUCGAGCGGUGCAAUUGUGGGUCCCCAGAAGACUGGCACCGCAAGUUCUUCUAGAAGUCGAACGGAAACACUAAAAGCAUUAAUAUUCAUUCUAUCUGUACUCUUUGGUCUGUGA